GUGACGCAAGUAUCGCGAUAACAUCCUGCAUCCACUGAGCAGUCGGCGUGAAGCGGUCGUCGAGCAGGCAGUGUAGCCACAGUUCCGUCUACUCUUGUGUUACUGAUCCUGGAAAGCUGGCGUCCAUGAGGGACUCGAUGAAGAUUUUCGUCGGUAACGUCGACGACCGGACGACGCAGGAGGAGCUGAGCGAGCUCUUCGAGAAGCACGGCACGGUGGUGAGCUGCGCCGUCAUGAAGCAAUACGCGUUCGUUCACAUGAGAGGGGAGGACCGCGCCAUGAAAGCGAUCGAGGAGCUGAACGGCCGGGAGCUCCACGGCAAGAAAAUGGUGGUCGAGCUGUCCAAGCCCCGGCCCCAGAACACCUGGAAAAUAUUCGUCGGUAACGUCGGCCCCGGCUACGACGCCACCGAACUGCGAGCCUUGUUCGAGGAAUACGGGAAGGUGAUAGAGUGCGAUGUGGUGAAAGACUAUGCGUUCGUUCACAUGGAAAGAGAAAGCGAAGCUAGGGACGCUAUCGACAAACUGAAUGGCAGAGAGAUAAGAGGCAAACGGAUAAAUGUGGAGAUGUCGAAUAAAGCUCAUCGGCCCAUGAGCAGUAACGGUAGUUCUCAUAGCGGUCGCUCACAUAGGUCUCAUGAAUACCGAGAUGCACCACAGAGCCGCUCUGAGACGUAUAACCGCAGGAGAGCACCUGAAGCGGCGUAUGCAUCCUAUGCACUGAAAUCACCAUAUGAGCGCUAUGGUGGAGAUUCUGCGCGAUAUGACAGUAGAGUGCGUCCAUCUUCCCCAAUGUAUUACUCACGAGACAGGAGUCCCCUGAGGAGAUCGCCCACAAGAUCAUACUAUGAGGGGGCAAUGGCCUCGGCUGCACUUGCAUCAAAAUAUCGUUCUGCAACAUCAGACUAUAGUUCUUUGUCAUCCGCCUAUGGGGUCCAGACAACUCCGUCAUUUUCGUCUGCCUUUAGCAGCCAGACAUACGCGUUGUCUUCUGCUUAUGCUAGCCGAGCCCCUACUGCUGGAAAUCAGUCAGGAUACGAGAGCCAGGCCUCUGCAUAUACUGUAGAUCCCUCUUCAUAUAAUACCCAGGCAGCUGCAGCUUAUCGGCCACAACCAGCCUCGGGAUAUGCUACACAGGUUCCUUCAGUGGCGUCGGCCUACAGCACUCAGACGCCAGCCCACGCUUAUGGAUCCAUUUCUACCACGGCUACUCCCUAUGCGCCGGCAGCUGCACUGGGUACUGCAUAUCGUCAGCCGCAGACUUCCGCCUAUGAUCCCUCCCAAAUGUCAGGUCUUGGAGCACAGCCUGCUUAUUCAACCAUACCGGCUACAAAUGACGUGCUCUUGUAUGAGCGCACCUGUCUGUCACCGCCCCGAAGUUCUGCUUCCGAUAGUUUCAAGAAAGCGGCAGAUGCUUAUAAAAGGCUUGCUCCUGACCGCCGUUACGCUGAAAUAGCUGAUUAUCGCCGAUUAACACAGAAGCCACAGGAUUCCUACCACCGAUCGCCGCCCAAGUCUAAUGUGGAUUUUCGUCGUGCAGCUGAAACACAAUCUGAAUACCAGCAGCAAUAUGCCGCUUACAAUGAUUAUCUAAGGGCGGCACAAGCAGCUGGCUAUCCGCGCCGUAUGUAACACCUCUUUUGGGUGGUUGGCAAUAGUCAGUUUCGGAUGAGUUUUUUUAUAUUAUAGGAUGACUGUCAAACAAUGUCCCUUUGGCAGGCAAUCAUAUUCCACGUGAUUGAUGGUCUGCUAAAGGCCCUUUUUUUUUUUUUUUUUUUUUUUUUUUUUAAACCCCUUUUGCUUAUGUGUUCUUUUGCAAGGCUUUAAUGUAGGUUGUCCAAAUACCCAUAUUGAAGACCUAUCCCCAAGAGUCGGACCCCUUCCAAUCUGCCUAUUCUGAGAAUAGGUCAUCAGUAUGGGAAACCAGACAACCCCUUUAAGGCUUUGUAGAUAAGUUUCAUUUUCUUAUAUAUGAGAAGGAGCAAUUCCUUGAUUUGUGUUCACAUCAUCUACAAAUGUAUAGGGGAGGGGGGGGGGGGUUUGCUUGUGUUCCCUCCAUAUCUUCUAACCCUGUUCUAAUGUUACUAGAUACAGCAUAUAAAGGAGAUAACAGUAAAAGUUGUAUCUGACUAUGGCGUUCCCGUCUUGUGAAAUACUUUGAACAUUUGAACACAAGUAAAUAGCAUUUCGAGGUGACGUUUAAGUUUGGUAGUACUUGGGGGGGGGGGGGGGGGAGCACACACCUCUCCUAACCAAACUUCUCUAACUGUUUAACCUCAUAAGCUUAAUAGGGGGAAAAAAAGUGUGUGUGCGCCACCUUGACUGCUUACUUUGAGCUCUUUUUAUCAAUUAGCUUGACUUAUGUCAGAUCUCCUUGUAGUACACACUAAAGCUACCUUAUAUAUAGCAAAUAAAUAAACUUUUUGACACCGUAAGGCCAUGCAAGCCAUCUGAAUGAGCUACAUUUUCUGAUCUACUUUAACCACAAACGUAUGCAUUUCUGAUGUAAAUAUUACGUAGUAUACAAUUUAAGUGCAAACUAUAUUUUCCUUGCAACACUCGCCGGUCACUCAUGUUAAAGCGCCUGUUGUAUUUUUCACAAGCAAAUCCAAUUAAACUUUCUAUUUU